AAAACAACAUAUUCUGUUGUUUUUUAUGUAAAACAGGAAUCUGCAAGGUAACUAAUGACUAUAGCUGAUAAAUAAAUAUACCUCUCAAAUGAAGUGGAGUAAUAGGGCUUAUGUGCACUAUUAUCCACUACAAUUACAUCCAUUUCAGAACAGAAAAGGCUUUGCAAUGUAAUUAUUAUAAGGGUUUGACACUUAAUUUGUCUGAUAAUGGUAGUAUGGCCCUGCACAUGUCCUUCAGUUUGUGUUCAAUUCACAAACAUUUGAGACCCUGGUAGUGAUUGCCUCUCGCUGAGUGAAGUCAUUUAGCGUGGAACUUAAAUGUGCAGCCACAGACGAGCCUGGAUAGAUGAAGCAUCACGGCUCAUUCAGAGAGAGUGGAACUACCAGGCGGGAAGUAUUGAUCCUCUCAUACUGCAAUUUCCACUGUGAGACGGGAGAAAUGUCAAAUAGAAAUGUCAACGUUUCAUUUUGGCUGCAGAAGGUACUAGAAAUACAGCAAAAAGCUGUGCAACAAGAAAACAAUACUAAUCUCAGGGAUAUGAUAAAGGUAAAGGACUCCAUUUAGCCAUCCAUUGGUUGAUCCAUCUCUCUAUUAAUCCAUCCAUCGUCCUAUAUGUCUGUCUGUUCAUCUAUAUAUACUUUUGGAGAAAGGUUAUCGCCUAUUUAAUUGUGUGUCAUUCUUAUUGAUUACCACAUGAAGGGGAAACUGUAGGACUGUAGAUAUACAAGCUGUUGUUAUAAUAGAUACAUUAAAUAAAAAGCAGCGUUUUUGGACCAAUUUAACAACACUCGUCAACCACCUAUCUUCUUCCUACAUAGCCAUGUCAUUUUCAAAAUAAUUGCGCACUGAUUCGGCUAAGUUGAACAGUCAAUCAUAGCGAUUUCUCACUGGUCUGUGCCACAAAUGUAAUCGGGCAAGUGAUAAAUCAGAAUCGAGGUUCUUGCCAGGUACGUUUAUACAUGCAAGGAAUUUGCUUUGGUGUCUGGUGGUGCAAACAUAAACCAUCUAAGAAAAUACGUUGCAAUUGUAGGUCAAAAGUAGAGUAUAAUGAUGAUAAAAAUUAUGUUUUUUUAAGAAACGAUUUUGUGGUGUGGCAAAAACUGAGCCACAGUCGCUCUGGAUGGCUCGACAUUGAUGUGUCAAGGCUUCUGUUUUAGGACCAGUAAACAUAGACAAACAACAUAAACAGACUUUCCAGUCCACCUAACUCUUUGGACUGUGGGUGGAAACUGAAGCAGAUAAACAGUAAGAACAUGCAAACGUUACAUAUACAGAAGAAGCUGGUUUCUGGCAAAGCUCUUAAAUGUGCAAUUUCUUGAAGUACAGUUUAUUUUAGAUUUAAUAUAAGCUGAUGCUGGUGGCAUUGAAAAGUAUGGAUUUCUCUGUUAUGAUUAACAAUAUACAAGCUGAUUUCAGUCAAUCAGCUGCUGUGAUGAAAACUGGAGGACUCACAGCCUCCUCCUCCUGUUCUAAUGUGAAGAGGUUCAUAUCAGCAGAUGGCGGGUGCUUCUGUGGUCUGGGACUGGUUUAUUCCAACAAGUCGUGCACCAUGCCGCCCAUCACCUUCCAGGAUCUGCCUCUCAACAUCUACAUGGUCAUCUUCGGGACAGGCAUCUUUGUCUUCAUCCUGAGCCUCGUCUUCUGCUGUUACUUUAUCAGCAAACUACGACACCAAGCCCAGAGUGAGCGGUUUGGAUACCGAGAGGUGGUUUUAAAAGGUGAUCCAAAGAAGUUGAAUCUUCAUGGGCAGACGUGUGCCGUGUGUCUCGAGGACUUCAAAGUGAAAGACGAGCUGGGAGUGUUGCCAUGCCAACAUGCUUUCCACAGGAAGUGUCUGGUAAAAUGGUUGGAGGUGCGCUGCGUCUGCCCCAUGUGCAACAAACCAAUAGCGGGCCCCCCUGAGCAGCACCACAGCAUAGGGACCCUUCUGGAUGAACUGGUGUAACUGAAGGACCCCUGCAGCCCGGGGUGGCCCGCCCGCCGCGCCCGGGGCCGAGCAGCUGAUAUCAUUUAGCGACUAGCAGGAACAUGGACCCUGUGCUGCUGUUAAAAAAUCAGCGAAGAAACACCGACAUGAUAACAGUAAAUUGGGGUAACCUAGUUACCACCCAGAGAAAGACUGAAGGAUGCUGUUGCCUAGCGACCAUAUCCAAGAUGGCAACACGACACCUUGUGAUGUCUGAGAGAUUAUCUCCAGCCACCCACACAUCAUUCCACCACUCUUCUUUCAACAUCCCCCCCCCCCCCACACAUCCCUCACAUCUUCUCUGGUUACCUCGAGUCAGGUUAAUGACACAGCGACAAGUGAGUGUUGAAGGAUGGCAGCGCGGGGUCAGAGGCACUGAUCCCACGGCAUGUUUGAGUGUUGAAUGUCAUGGUGGUUACUAACAUGAAAUAAUUAUCGGAGGAUGUUAUUAAAUCUCUCACUUAAUUAUUUUAGUAAAGACGUUUUUAAACAAAGCUACAGAGAAAAAUAUAUUUCAUCGUCCCUUAAAGGUGGGGUAGGUAAUUUUGGAGAAACCAGCUCGAGUGCGCUAGAAUUUGGAAAUACACAGCCGGAACAAAUCUGCCACUUCCUUACAGAGCCCCUCCUCCAACACACACGAAUGCGCACAUGACCAAUGAGGGCACGAGAUAAGUUUGUGCACAGAUGGAAGGCUGACAGGCAGGUAGGCCAUUCAGUUAUUUUAGCCGGGCCGGCUCAGAUGACUGGUCGUGCUUUUUACAGUACUACGGCUUCCACAGAUGCAUUUUUUAAUGGAUUUUUUGUCAAAGCACUUAAGAUAUUCAUUGCUAUCGGGAUGUUAAGAGCAUUCCAUGGAAUAUAACAGAAAGUGUAUCUCGAGCCGGUUUUAACAUGUUGAGAGGAGUUACACUGCUUACAAUUCUGUAUUUUAAAAAAAAAUGUCAACAGGUACAACAAGGGUUUACCAAAAAUACCUGGGGCCUCAUUUAUAAAGCCUUGCGUAGGAUUGGCGUGGGAAGGUUGCUUACGUAGGACAAAGCAAAUAAAUACGCACCGACACUUUCCGAUUAAUAAAAGACUGCGUACGGCACAUCCUACGCCGGUUUCCCUUUUAUAAAUCACAAUCAACUCCAAAUGCGGCGCAGCUUUUGCGGGCUUCACGUAACGCCCAUAUUUGCCUAUAAAUAGUCAAAGAAACGCCCAUUCAUUCAUUCCUUUUGACUGACUGCAUGAAGAAGAGCUAAAACAGCUAAAAAAGACA